AUGUCUUCAAUGUUUGAAAUAACCGAUUUACAAAAAAUCGGAGUCGGCUUGGCUGGUUUUGGAAUAUCGUUUCUAUUCCUGGGAAUGUUGUUGCUGUUUGACAAAGGACUUUUAGCCAUUGGCAAUAUAUUGUUCAUAGUGGGUCUUAGUUGUGUUAUUGGUGUACAACGAACUUUAAAGUUCUUUUUCCAAAGGCAAAAAAUCAAAGCAUCUUUGUCAUUUUUUGGCGGGAUAUCAGUUGUUCUUUUUGGAUGGCCCAUUGUAGGAAUGCUAUUGGAAAUUUAUGGAUUUAUACUUCUGUUCAGUGGUUUCUUCCCAGUAGCAAUAAAUUUCAUGCGCCGAGUACCAUUAUUGGGAACUUUACUCAAUUUGCCUGGCAUAACUGGACUGUUAGAUCGAGUGGCAGGUGAUACGAGACGAACGAUGGACUUCAAUUGA